GUGCUGGCGGAUCUCGCUUGCAGCCUCCGCCGCGUUGGUUCCGAGCAUGGUCUCGUGGUCGUGGUCACGAACCACAUGACGACGAGAUUCGAUCGUGGUGGUUCGACGGGCUGGCUGGCUCCUGCUCUGGGAGAGACCUGGGCGCAUCAGCCUAGCACGCAGCUUCUUCUGGAAAAGACGGACAACUGGCAGCAGCCCGGAGUGGGACGUGCAACUCUGACCAAGUCUGUGGAGCAGGCCACGGGUCGCAGCUGCUUGUUUCGCAUCGAAAGGGCAGGGCUGCGCGAUUGCGGCGGUGCAGUGUUGCGCGAGCCAAUCCUCGUUCGCUAG